AUGGCGACGAGCGCGAAGCGAAAGCAAGAGGAGACUCAUCUGAAGAUGCUCCGGGAAAUGACUAGCCUGCCCGCGAAUAGGAAAUGCUUCGACUGCGACCAGCGCGGCCCGACCUAUGUCAACAUGACAGUGGGCUCCUUCGUCUGUACCACCUGCUCCGGCAUAUUCGUCCGACAGGGCACGGACAGGACGCCGCAGUCGGUCAUGGGUCUGUCCCGGUACGCAACUGACUUGGCGCUAUGUGGCUCAGAGGAGUUUUGGGAGCAGGCGGUGGAUCGUCGCUGCAACACAGUGUCCCCUGGUGUAGCAUCUCUGGCUCUGGAGGUGGGCUGGCGCAGCAUCUUCUUCACCAGCAAGCUGCAGCUGCAGAAACUGAUCAGCCGCAGGAGGCUGAAGGCAGAGGAGCCACCAGAAGGACAGCUCUCUGACCCAGAUAUAAAGGCAGAGGAGUCUCUGGGUGACAACUCAGAGAUAGACCAGGCAUCUGGAUCUGAGAAGGAAUCUCCCCCUGGCAUUAUCCCAAAACUAAGCCUUGGCACUGAUCCUGGAGCUGGCUUUGACCACAGCUCCUACUGUGAUGUUGACCCUGAGUCAGAUCUAGAGGCUGGCUCUGACUCCAGCGUGCCUGCACUUUGCCAACUGUUUGAGGAAACAGGAAAACCCUGUGUGGAAACAACUGAGCAGGACAGUGCACCGAAUAACAGCAGAGGAGACUUCAGUGCAGAGCCAGAUAAGCCAUGAACCUCCUCAGUCGGUUGUGUAUUGAUGAAUUCAAUAUAUUAUUAUUCUUAAUAUUUGUCAAAUAUAAAUGUUUUUUAAAUAUUUGAUAUGAUUAUUAAGAUCCUCUCAGGAUAUUUGGGGACAUACCCAUGUGCCAUGAUUCUUCAGGAC